CUACACAUAUCGGAAUUUACAGUUUCUAUUUAUAGCUCGGAUUCUUCAAGCUUGAUGUUAACCGUGAUACUGAAGUAUGGAGUAUUAUUCGAUCUUACAACUUCUCUUGGUUGUUUAUAGGGUAAGUUUGUUAGAGGCAUGUACUCGCGGAAGCAAAUGCCCACUACACAAGCCAUUUUGUUCAAGCUUUGGAUGUUUGAAUAAAUGUCCUGAACCGUUCUAUAAAAACAAUACCGAUUGUGUUCCUAACUGUAUGGACUGGUUUGUUGAGAAUGAUAGGACAUGUGUGAAUGAGUGUCGACCUACGGAUUUUAUAGAAGAAACUUUGAAAGUAUCGAUAGGGCCAUUCAUAGAACGGAAAUGUGUAAGCGAAUGUCCCAAAUAUACAUAUAAUAAGACGUGUUUAGAUAUUUGUCCGAUAGACAAUCAGCUUUUGCAUGUUGGAGGUUACAAUAGAGAUUCUUAUGGGAACGUUUAUGGCAUAUAUGGCAAUAAAAUAUGUGUAGACAAUUGUCCAGAAUCUUAUUCUUUCAAACAAAACAUAACAUACAAUGGGGACUCACUCACAAUUUGCACAAGCGAGUGUUAUAAAUACAUUGAAAAUGGUUAUUGUGUCAACCGUUGCACAAAUGGUAGUGUUAUCUUUAAUAAUACUUGUGUCUUGAAUUGCCAUUCAUCUCAACCUAUAGCAAACAAGGAUGGAGUUUGUAGAGAACUUUGUAUUCCUUCUAACGUUCAAGACAGCAUGUGCGCAUGUCCAGAGAGUAAACCAUUUGUCCUCAACAGUACGUGCGUAGAUGAAUGUGAUGCCCACAUGUUUUAUCGGUACCAUAAUGAUAAGGUAUUUUGUAUCGAAACAUGCAAAGAAAGUGAAUACAUACUUAAUAGAAGUUGCGUCAGAGAAUGCCCUCGUGGAACCUUCAAAUUAUUUAAUGAGUGCUUAAAUGGAUGUCCAGAAAGUUUACCCUACUACUGUGCACUAAACUCACAGGGGAAAUGUGAUGAUGCUUACUAUAUAUUCAGUUGUUUUGAGCAUUGUCCAGCGGGGAUGUUCGUCGAUCUGUUUGCCUGCAAACACAGCUGUCCUGACUUUACACUAAAUACGACUUGUUAUGACAAUUGUCCACUCACUCAUCCAUUUAUAUAUAACAACGUGACUGGCAUUGGGUGCAAAUAUGAAAGGUGUUCAAAAAUCAUUCGUAACAAAAAUUGUUUGGAUGUUUGCCCAGUGGGUUAUUUCAAACGAAGGCAAGAAUGCACCUUAGUGUGUGGGAACAAUGAAUUUGUUUUAAAUGGAAGUUGUUUGACUGAAUGUCCUUAUAAAAUGAAAUCUCGAGAGUUUCAUUUCGAAUAUAAAGAAUUAAGAGAAAAGUAUUAUGACUGGUAUAAACUCGAAACCAUAUCGCAGCUAACGAACAAAUGUGUCGACAAAUGUGAGUCAACUGAAUAUCAGUAUAACAACACGUGUGUUACCGCCUGUCCAGAUGAGUUACCAUACGCUACUAAGGGAAUAUGCAGUGUUGGCCCUUGUAUGACAAACUAUUACUACAACAUGACAACGUUCAUACGCUGUGUCGAUGCUUGCGACGACAGGGAUUUUAUACGUGAUAAAGAAUGUCUUAAUGUUUGCCCUAAUUCAACAUUUGCGCUGAAGAAUCACUGUGUGACUGUGUGUCCGAACGAAACUUUCAUGAUCAAUAAUGUGAAAACAAAAUGUGAAAAUCCUGAAAAUGGCUGUCCUGAACAUUUAUUCAACGAAUACACCAGUUGUAUAGACGCCUGUCCAAAAAACACUUAUAUAUUAAACAAUUCGUGUAUUGAUUAUUGUCCUGAAAACUAUGUCGCAAAUGGCAUGAACUGUUUGCAGUUCUGCCCAAUGAAUGUACAGUAUAGAAUAAGAAUAGCUGAAACAAUAUUUUUAUGGACAUUUACGGACAUGUGGUUUUACGAUAAAAAUCUCAUACGUCAGAUAAAGUGUUCGAAAACUUGCCCUGUGGAUCAUUUUAAAAGAGGAGACGAUUGCAAUCUGUUUUGUACGAGCGAUGAAUACGUAUAUAAUGGUACGUGUUACACUGUAUGUCCAAAGCAAAUGAUAUCUCGAAAGUUUACAUUGGAAUAUAUAGAAUUACAAGACAACGGAUAUUAUCAAUGGAACAGUUUUGCAAAUGUUACCAAAUCGCAACUUACAAACAAGUGUGUUGAUGCAUGUGAGUCAAAUGAAUAUCAGUAUAACAACACGUGUGUAACCGCCUGUCCAAAUGACUUACCAUACUCUACUAAGGGAGUAUGUGGUAUCGGUCCUUGUACCACAAACUAUUACUACAAUAUGACAACAUUCAUUCAUUGUGUCGAUGCUUGCGACGACAGGGAUUUUAUCCGUGAUAAAGAAUGUCUAAAUGUUUGCCCUAAUUCAACAUUUGCGCUGAAGAAUCACUGUGUGACUGUGUGUCCGAACGAAACUUUCAUGAUCAAUAAUGUGAAAACAAAAUGUGAAAAUCCUGAAAAUGGCUGUCCUGAACAUUUAUUUUACGAAUACACCAGUUGUGUAGACGCCUGCCCAAAUAACACGUAUAUAUUUAACAAUACGUGUAAAGGUUAUUGUCCUGAAAACUAUGUCGCAAAUGGCAUGAACUGUUUGCUGUUCUGCCCAAAGAAUGUACGUUAUAGAAUAAAAAUAGCUGAAACAAUAUCUUCAUGGAAAUUUACGUACAAGUGGUAUUACGAUAAAAAUCUCAUACGUCAGACAAAGUGUUCGAACAUUUGCCCUGUGGAUCAUUUUAAAAGAGGAGACGAUUGCAAUAUGUUUUGUACGAACGAUGAAUACGUAUAUAAUGGUACGUGUAACACCGAAUGUCCAAAGCAAAUGAUAUCUCGAAAGUUUACAUUGGACUAUAUAGAAUUACAAGACAACGGAUAUUAUGGCAUGAGACAAUGGUACAGGAUUACAAAUGUUACUAAAUCGCAACUUACAAACAAGUGUGUUGAUGCAUGUGAGUCAAAUGAAUAUCAGUAUUACAACACGUGUGUAACCGCCUGUCCAGAUGACUUACCAUACGCUUCUAAGGGAGUAUGUGGUAUCGGUCCUUGUACUACCAACUAUUACUACAAUAUGACAACAUUCAUUCGUUGUGUCAAUACAUGCGACGGCAAUGAUUUUUUCCGUGAUAAUGAAUGCAUGUCUGUUUGCCCAAACACCACAUUCGCGCAUAACACCCAGUGUGUGAGCGUGUGUCCGAGUAAUACUCUUUUUAUGAAAGUUGUAAGAACGAAAUGUGAAAAUAAAUGUCCUGAAAGUUCACUUCUCAUGUACUUACGUUGUAUUGAAAAAUGCCCAAACGGCACGUAUGUAUUGAACGAUUCGUGUGUUGAUUAUUGCCCCCCUGAAAACUACGUAAGUGCAUAUGGAAGCUGUUUAAAGGAAUGCCCUGACCAUGUGCCGUAUAAAAACGAAACUAUGGUAAAAAUAAAUCAAUGGACACAAUCAUACUUAGGAUGGAAUUUGGUUGAACAAAACAAACUUCUUCAAGAGUGUGUAUCAGAUUGCAAUAUAAAAGGCCGACCACUUGAUUUGAAGACAUCAACUUGUGUAGCGUCAUGCCCUGCAACUUAUCCUUAUGUUGAAGACAACGUGUGCAACUCAAAAUGCUCGAAUAACUUCAUAACAAAUAAUAAAUCGUUCGGAAUAGAAUGUGUUGAAAAAUGCCCAAACGACAAGUUCUCCUUUAACAAUACCUGUGUAACCGAGUGCACGGCUGAUGCGAAAUAUGAAUACAAAGGAUUCUGUUUCAAAACAUGCCCAUCUGAAAGUCGAUUUGGCGUUACAGAAAACAAAAGGAAUCACUGCAUUAAACAAUGUGAAAACAGUAAGCUAUUCCUUAACGGACAGUGUGUGUAUUCAUAUGAAUGCAAGAAUCCGAUGUUUGAAUUCCAAGAACAAUGUUUGACACAAUGCCCGUCGGGAUAUGUAUAUUCUCUCAGCCAAGGGUGUCUUAAUGUUGCUCAUGUAAGAACAGCUAUUAUUGUGAUUUUGCUUACACUGGCUUGUAUUUGCUUGUACUGUUGGAAGAUCAUACGUGAUUGCGUUUGGAUUACCUACUUUACACGUGUAAGUAUGGACUAUGUUUUAACAUUUGCAAGUUGUCUGAAUCUGAAUAUUGUUAUGUGA